GUGCCUGCCCCACUGGUGGCAGUUGGACUGCAAGACACCACUCGAAACCAGAGGAGAUGACAAGUGUCACGGCUCUGCUAGUUGCGUUCCGAAAGUGCGGCUGUGUUUGGGGUAUUGCAUUUGAUGGGCUUUAGGACCACGGAGAAGCUUAAACGCUGGUGCGUUGGAGAACAGGAGACAGGACAUGCACCAAUAAUGCGUUAGAGCGCUAUUCUCUCUUAAGGCAGAACAGCGGAGUAAAAAUUACAGUUUCUCUUCUCAAACAGUUUAGGGGGAGGAUUUUUGAAACGCGCUGACUGGGGCUUUAUCCGACAACCAUCUGAUUUCCAAGUGACUGGGACUUAUCGCCCUAUGGAAAGGAUCCUUAUUCUGAGAGCGUUUGUUUUACCCACGAGGUGCCCCUCGCCUCCUGAUCUCAAACUCCGGCGAUAACUGAGUGCAGACGAAGCCGGCCAACUGGAACUAUGUGACCAUGGUUCUCGGGAGGAUCUGACUGGCAGCCCCUGGAAUAUGCGUGACCUCAGCCCAUCUGCACCAAGUGUCCUACAACGGCAUGGUGACAACUUUCAAAAUAGCAAUCCUUGGAGCGCAAGGGGUUGGGAAAUCAGCAAUUGUGCACCAGUUCCUCUACAACGAUUACAGUGACCGCUACAUGCCGACAAAGGCACGGCACAUCUACCUGCCUGCGGUGGUCAUGAACGAGCAUGUGCACGACCUGCAGAUCAUGGACUUUCCACCCAUUCCAUCCUUCCCAGUCAACACUCUACAGGAAUGGGCAGACACGUGUUGUCGUGGACUGCGGAGUGCACACGCCUACAUCCUGGUGUAUGACAUCUGCUGCUUCGACAGCUUCGAAUAUAUCAAAACCAUUCGGCAACAAAUAUUGGACACAAGGGUGAUUGGAACCAGCGAGAUCCCCAUCAUCAUUGUCGGGAACAAGCGGGACCUGCAGCAGGGCCGUGUCAUUCCCAGGCGGAAUGUGUCCAACCUCGUGAAAAAGACCUGGAAGUGCGGCUACAUUGAGUGUUCGGCCAAGUACAACUGGCACAUCCUCAUGCUCUUCAAUGAACUGCUAAAGACCAUUGGCUGCGCACGCUGCAGGCACAUGCACACCGCCAUCCGCUUUCAGGGAGCCCUGCGUCGGAACCGGUGCAGUGUGAUGUGACCCUCCCUUUCCGCCGGGGGCUUUGCAGCGUGCGGCCGUUGCACCACGAGGGCUGUGAAGGGGUCGGGAUAUGUAGCGGGUAGAUUUUUACCACCAGUGCUUUGAGCCAGCCGCACGUCGGACUCGGAUCUGAGGGCGGUGAUAAACAGGCAUGGUCUGCGGCCUGCUUCUCUCCCCCCCCCCCCCCCCCACUCUCCGCUCCCGACUCGUGGUUCGGCAGCUCUGCACCAUUGUGAAGUUUGCCCCCUCAAUUCUGUCCAACGGCCACUCUUGGUUUGUUUCUGUCAGUUACUUCAGCAAUAAUUAAUCAGAAGGACUUCAGAACGUGGUGUCCUAUCUGCCAGCAGGAAACGCAGCACCAGCACUCUCGACUCUGCAUCGGUGGUUGUAGGGUCAACCCUUUCCCUAAUCCUGACAACAGUAUCUGUCUAGGCUGACGCUCCAGUUCGUGACUGAGGCCUUGCUGCGGUGUUAGACUCACGGAGGCAAACAGGCAUGGAAACAGUCCUUCAACUCACUGACCAACUAGGCCCCAUCUACAACAGCCCCAUUGCAUUCUCCCCACGUUCCUGUCAGCUGCCGUCUACGUCAAUGAUUCUACACAAAACCCACACACUAGGGGCAAUUUACAGCAGCCACUUAAUCUAACAAGUCGCACAUCUUCGGAACGUGGCAGUAAACCAGAGCACCCAAGGGAGACCAAUGCAGUCGCAGAGAAAACUUGCAAACUCCACACACAGACAGUACAGGAGAUUGGGACUGUACCCCAGUGGCUGGAGGCAUGUGAGGCAGCAGCUUCAGCAGCUGUGCCCCAGUGCCACCCUGUGGGAGAUACCAUCUUUCAAAAUGCCCGCUCAAUGCCACAAUUUACCAAUAGAGCAGUAACGUUCUCCCCAGUGUCCUGAUCACAGCUCCAAGAACCAUGGCUGAGACUGCGUCCUACACAGGUCGAUGAAACUGUCUUUGCAAAGUCUGAUGAGACCAUGCAUGCAGAUCUUAGUGCCACCAUGUCAUACACAUGUUGCUCUAGUCUAGGGGGACAAAAACAGAAGCGCUGGAAGAACAAGGUGAGCAAGUUUGCAUCUUGAGCAGAAAGAUAUAGCAACACAGAGGCAAAGAGCUCUACAUCAUGGAUAUAGAUUAUGUUUCACCAAUGACUUGUUCAACUGUACCACAAUGUCCCAACUUUUGUUCCCAAUACCCUUCCUCAUGAAGUCUCACAUGCUAAACGCUUUCUUCUCCACCUUGUCCGCAUGUGUCACCAAGUUGGAACCUUCAUGAGCCUUGUCUGGAAGGUUGGUCGAAGCAUCUGGUGUCUUUUACUUUCUGCUGCACCGCACUGUGCUGGAAUCUUGCACUUUAAGGCGAGACCCCCCUCCCCCCUUGUCUGCCAUCCUUACCCUUAACUGAGUAGGGCCAUAAGUGAGGGUAGGACUGGAAAAUUCCAGAAUGGGUUAGACUUGAGAGACUUUAUUGUUGGGAUCCAAACUCAGUUAUCCCUGGGAUCUGUGACCAGUUAUCCUUGGGAUCUGACCUCACUUAUUCCUGGGCUCUGAGAUCAAUUAUCCACGUGCUAGUUAUCCAUGAAGAUCAGAUGUGUAAAGAUUGCACUCUGUGUGGUAGUAACCUGUCACAGUAACUUGUUUGGUCCUUCCUUCCUGCAGCACUAAUUCUCAUAAGCAUGCACACGUCUCACAUCCAGGCAAGGGUGGGAGGUGGUAUUUCUCACUGGGUCUAUUUCAAACCCCCUGUAUACACACACUUUUCAGCUUAAACCUCUGGAAGCCUCUUCUCACUCGCUAAUUGCCGGUAGAAAUGGCACCAGAUCUCAGUAUUCUUCCCCACAGCACUGUAGGAGCUGUACAGUGAAUCAGUGAUGUUGUUAAUAGAUUGAGUUGGUGACCUUGCACAAGGGCGACCAAGGAAGGUCAGAAAUAAUUGAUGUUGUGGCUUAGUGGACGAAAAAUGACUAGAUGUAAGAGAGUUUGGUUCAUGAGGAUGAUUAACCUGGACCACCUGUCAUUCCCACAUCCUUUGAACUGUACAAAGAUCCACUCUGAGUGAAGCAAAGUUAAAAGUGGGUUCAAAUCCGUAAAUCACAUCACUUCAGGGAUAGACUUGAACAUCUGUCAAAGGGAAUGAGAAUGAUUGCAUCAGCCUGGGAUAUAAUUGUACAUAUGGUGUCCAUUGAUCAAAUAUAACUGCUUAUUGUGGAUUCUUCCCUGAGUUCAGUACUUCCCACAACCUUAACAUCUAAUGAGGUAUUUUUGAAGUUCGGUCACGUGUGAUUUUUACGACUGUUCUAAGGAACAUUGGAGUGUAGUAUUUUUUUUUUUUUUUUUUUAAAAGCUUAUGUACAAGGGUGACACACCAGACUGCAGAUGCUGGAAAUUUGACCAAAAAACUGCUUGAAGGAACUCAAUGGUUCAGUGGCGAGAAAUUCUGUGGGGAGAAAUAGACAAACGACGUUUCGGAUCAGGAGUCUUCUUCAGACUGAUAGAUCAGACCUUGUGAAAAAGGGUCCCGUUCGGAAAUGCUGCCUGACCCAGUGAGUUAUUUGUGUAGGAACAAGUAACUGCAGUCUGCAGAAGGGUCCCGACUUGAAACGUUGCCUAUUAAUGAUACUCCAGAGAUGCUGCCUGACCCGCUAGGGUUCUUCCAUUGUUUUUGACAUAAGAGGGCAUUGCGUCUCAAUAGCGGGUCUUUGACAGCAGCUACAGUGCCCUCAGUAAGAUGGAAAUUGCCUGAUGAUAAGGGUUAAGGGCUUUGUCUCAUUCCCAUGGAUGAUGGGUCAGGACUUCCAUUGCUGGGUCCAGGGGCGGAAAACCCGGAGGGAGGGGCCAGAGGAGAUACGUCCGUCCCCCCCCAUGUUUUGAGAGGUGGGGGACAUCUCCCCCCCAUGUUUUUGUGAUCCCGAUUUUAAAAUCUCCGCUUUUAGCGCUGGAUUGAGCCUCUGAGCCUCGCGCGCGCGUGUGAGUGUGCGCAUGUGUGCGUGGCUGCCAAAACAAUUGUGUCCCCCGUCCCCUCCAUGUUUUGAUAGUGAGUUCCGCUCUUGGCUGGGUCUGGGUUAUGGGGUACUGGUGUCAGGGGUGUGGAUCAUUUCUCAUGCAGCCACUCAGGGGCUGAAGAGUUGUUGUUGAGCCUCAGCCAGCAUUGGGCAGUGUCAGAUGUCAACGUUUUCACUGAAGAUCAAUCUAUAUCCUGUGAUUAACUACUCCAGCUGGGUGGUCUAUAUACAUUAAACCUUUCACUCACACUGCCCAGGGACACCAGAGAAAGUUCGGGCCCAGCUACCUUAUGCUUUCAUCAUUUCAUUACGAUAAGGAAGGAGGCCAUUCAGCUCACCGAGUGAUCACAGAGAAAUCCCAUGCACUAAGGGUGGCACAGUGGCACAGCGGUAGAGUUGCUGCCUUACAGCACCAGAGACCAGGGUUCGAUCCCAACUCAGGGGGCUGUCUGUACGGUGUUUGUACCUUCUCCCCGUGGCUGCGUGGAUUUUCUCUGGGUGCUCCACUUUCCCCCCACACUACAAACUCAUAUAGGUUUGCAGGUUAAUUGGCUUUGGUAAAAAUUCUAAAAUUGUCCCUAGUGUGUAGUUUAGUGCUCGUGUGCAGGAUUGCUGGUCGCACGGACUCGGUGGGCCGAAGGGCCUUUUUCCACAUGGCAUCUCUAAAAUAAAGACUAAAAUUCCUUUGUAACCUAUUCUCAAUCCCCAGUUUCUAACGUCACCUCCAUAUUAGGGGCAAUGUACAACAGCCAAUUAACUACCAACCCAUGUACAUCUUUGGGAAAUGGGAGGAAACCAGAACAUGAGGAACACGCAAACUCCACACAGACAGCACCUAUGUUCAGGAUUGAAUCCAUGUCUCGAGUCCACAAUGGCACCAUUUUGUUGCCCUUUCUUUUCCAAAAAUAAAAGCUGGUGAGUUAUUGCUCCUGUCUGCGGUGAAGUCAUGAGGUCAUAAGUGAUAGGAGUAGAAUUAGGCCAUUCGGCCCAUCAAGUCUACUCCACCAUUCAAUCAAGGCUGAUCUAUCUCUCAUCCCUAACCCCAUUAUCCUGCCUUCUCCCCAUAACCUCAGACACCCGUACUAAUCAAAAAUCUAUAUCUCUGCCUUAAAAAUAUCCACUGACUUGGCCUCCACGGCCUUCUGUGGCAAAGAAUUCCACAGAUUCACCACCCUCUGACUAAAGAAAUGUCUUCGCAUCUUCCUAAAAGAAGUCCUUUAAUUUUAUGACCUCUGCUCCUAGACUGUCCCACUAGUGGAAACAUCCUCUCCACAUCCACUCUAUCCAAGCCUUUCACUAUUCUGUAUGUUUCAUUGAAGUCACCCCUCAUUCUUCUAAACUCCAGCCAGUACAGGCCAAGUCAGCUGGACUUCUAACCAUUCCAGUAUCACAUCUUUACAAAUGAAUGAAAAACAUAUAUUUUCGUUAUAACAUUUACAUGGGAGCUACUUGCUGUGCCAUGUUCUGACAGCAGGCUAGCUGACUGGCUCCGAAAUGAGCAUGGUGGCGGUAGCUUGCCAUGACUUUCUGUCCCAGGUAUGGAUCCUCUCACACCACACCAGCUGGUUGAUUCCCAAAGUACCCUCAUCCUAAUAAUGUUCACUAUAUCUUUGCGCUCUGUGGCCUCUUCUAGUGCACAGAUGGCUUCCUACAUCUCCCAAUCUAACAACAGUGACUUUUGUUCCAAAGAACAUCAUUGGCGUAAAAUGUUCUUCAAGACAUGAAUCUCAUGUAUUUUCUCUAUCUCUAUCCCAAUGGUUUAAUCCACCGGAAUUCCAGUAACGUAAAUGCCACGUCAGGCAAUCCUUCCCCACACUUGACUCUCACUCGUUUAGAUUGAGUUUUCUAUAUUGGUCCAUUUUGUACAAUAACACAUCUGGAACACAAGUUUUAUCAAAUAGAAUGGUCUGCGGAAAUUAGUUGGACCAUUACCAUGUGCUCUCUUGCGUAAGAUACCAAAAAGUUUAACUGAGUUCCCAUUUUUUCUGUACAGCAGAGGUCAGCAAGGACAAGGGAAGGGCUCUACAUUCUGAAGUGACAAGCAACAGCAGACAUUGAUAUUCAUGUCUACAACAUGCCAAGGUCAGAGGUGGAGCCCAUUGAGUCUGGUACAAAUCAAUAGAAUCUCAACAAACCAUAACUAUUGUUACAUGGUCUGAAUGAGAUGGUAAACUAUUGUAACUGCCAACUGAUCCUUCAUUUGCAUUGUAUAUAUUCUGGUUAUUAAUUCAAUACUGACGGGUUUGUGCAAUUAUUAAUACUCCACAUUGUACCACGAUCUCUUGUACCCAGAGUAAAGAACUUCCCAUCCAAACCCAGGAUGAAUACUUUUACUCAAAAAGUGCUAUAACGGAGCAAAAUAAAUUUUAUUUACAAUAAUUUAUUGUGUAAUUGUAAAUAUUUAUUCGGUCAUACUGGAUUAGAAAUAGAUUUGUCAGAUGUAAUCAAUUUAAUAGGGGAGGCACAGGGGGUAGUGUUGCUGCCUAACAGCUCUGGCAAGCCAGGUUCAAUCCUAACCUUGGAUCUAUCUGAGUGGUGUUUGCACGUUCUCACCGUGACCAUAUGGGUUUUCCCAGGUAUAUCAAUUUCCUCCCAUAUUCCAAAGGUGAGCAGGUAGAUUAAUUGGUUGGUGUAAAUUGAGGGUAGCAUGUUGGUGAGUGAUGUGACCAUCAGAUUGGUGUUGAUGGGCGGGGAGGGGGUGAAGGUGGGAGAAGAAUGCUGUGAGAGCCAGCAUAGACAACAGCUGAACCUUAUAAGAAAAACAUGUUGAAAUUAGAAUUAGAUUAGAAUUAGAUUCCUUUAUUAUCAUUCAGACCUUUCAGUCAGAACGAAGUUAUGUUGCCUGCAGUCAUACACAGAAUCAAUAAUAACAAAACAUACAAUAAACACAAAUUAAACAUCCACCACAUCCAUCAUGAGUUCACCAAGCACAUCCUCACUGCGAUGGAGGCAAAGUCUUUGCAUAAUAAAUUGCAUAAUAAUAAAUGGAAUAGGGAAACAUUGAGCUAGUUUAACAAUAGAGAAUAAGGCAAGUGAGAUUGCGAAAGAGGCCCUUCAACACAGAGGGAAAGAGAACCAUUCCAUAUUGAGAAAUAGAGAGAUACCACAACAUUAAGAGAGAAUGAGGGUGAGCACACAACAUUCAAAGGGAGAGGGGAAUCAUUUAGCUCUGAAAGAGGGAGAUGGGCCACACAUUUAGCGAUAUAGGACUAUUCAAUAUUCAGCAAGAGAGAUGGAUUCCUCUUCGUCGAGUCCAUUGCAAUCUCAGAUGUCGUUCUGCCAGUAUCUGGCGCAGGUCACAGAGAGAUGGAUAACUGAACAUUGCGUGGGUGACAGGAAGACAGUGAGGGUAAAAGGCAGAAAGGAAUCAGCACCACUCAAUAUUGGGAAAGGGAAGAGGGAGAACCAUUCAAUCAAGAGAGUGCAAGGAUAAAAGAGGGACUCAAUCUGGAGAUAGAGCGAGAGGGGGGGGGGGGGGUAGAAACGCAUGGUUGUGCAGGGUGAGAGACUGAGAUUGGGAAGGGGAUAUUGAUAUUCAUUUAUGUGUUAGAGAGAGAGUGAGUGGGGCUAC